AUGGACGCUGAAGCGAGGAGAAAACAUUGUGGUCUUUUGAUGUUUGAUGCUCCAACUGUGUCCACAAGAUCUCAAACAUCAAGGAGCAAUGACAUUAUCAUUAACACUAUGUCAACGCGGGGAGUUGACUCUUCCGCGUUAAAUAAUAAUCUCACCUACGAAUCCUCCCGUAACGCUAGUUCAAUGAUCAACGAUUUUGACUUUCAAGACUGUACUUCUGACUUUUCUACUACCACGCGCGCUCUGGCCGCUGGAGCUGCUGCUGGUGAUGAAUUUAUGCAUCAAGGUUCUGGCGAUUCGCCAAAUGGUGAUGAGUCUGUUCAAAGAACUGGUCAUCCUCAAAAAAGAACCCCAAGGCCUCCCAAUGCAUUUAUUUUGUAUCGUAGGGAAAAACAACCUGCAAUUAUUGCCGCUAAUAGACAUCUCUCAAAUGCUGAAGUUUCUAGAAGAAUUUCAGAUAUGUGGAAAAACGAACCUGAAGAAAUUCGUCGAGAAUGGGAAAGAUAUGCGGAUCGAAAAAAACUUGAGCAUAUGCAAGCAUAUCCUAACUAUGUCUACCGUCCUAACAAGAAUAAAUCCAAAGUUGAUAAACGUAGACAACAACGUAAACAAACGUCUCCAAGGGAUUCCGCUGACAAUAGGAAUUACCCGGUCUCAACUGGGACUACCGGUCCUCACAGAAGAAAAUCCACAAGAAGUGGAAAUAGAAGCCCUGCAAAGUCAGAUUUUAAUGAAGGCUUACAACAAUCACCGAUUAAUGUGCCAUCACAAGAAACAAGAAAUGAACCCAUCCGAAAUGACACAGUACCCUCAAAUUCUUCAUAUACAGUUCUUCCAAGUCCGGAGAUUCCCACAUUAGUGGAUCCCCCCACAGAAUAUGGAACUCAACAACAAAUUAAUUCAGUUACAUCUCAUUUACCACUCACACCAAUUUCUCCACCUCAAAUGCAAUGCGAACAAGAAUUUAAAGUUCGUCACCAACAAUAUGACCCAAAUCUUUUACGAUACGUUCCGGGGGGUAUUCAAGUUUAUCAUAAUCAAGGAAACACACCACAACUCCCCUUCACGUCCAUGGACGGAUUUAUCCCUUCAUAUAAUCACGGCGCAAACGGAUAUCCUUUAGAUUAUUAUUUUGCUUCAGAUGUUCCAGAUGUAGCACAACAACAACAGCAGAUGAACGCGGAAACCAUGCUUCAUUACGAACAUCAUCAAAUUACACCUACACCUACCGUUUCAUCCUCCAACAAUCCAUCCCCUAACGAAAGAACCUCCCUAUAUCCGCAACAACCUGCUCAAUAUUAUCAUAAUGGAACGAAUACAGCUGGUAAUGUCAUCAGCAAUCCGACGUUUGUUAAUUUUCUCGCAGGAUACGAGCAAAACUUUUUGGGUGCGCGCGAGUUUUUGCGAGUCAACAAUUAA